AUGGGAGGUAUUCCCUUCCGAUCAACCGGAUGCAAUACGUGCCGGCGACGAAAAGUCAAGUGCGAUGAGGCAAAGCCGGAAUGCAAUCGAUGCAUCAAGAACGGCCAUGUCUGCACCGGCUAUGAACGAAAAAGGGUCUUCAUCCACAAAUCGUCCGAGGCCAUAGAGGAGGGAGAACUGAAGCUCGUCCGUCGCCCGCAGUCGACUUCCGGGAAGAUUCCCGACCGUCAAUUAACGCGAGUGGAGCCAGGCUUUCCCCGAUUAAAUAACAAUGCGGAGGUCCGAUCACAGCUGCUCGCCUCCUUUGUGGGGGGCUUUCUCCCUUCGUCACGGCAUUUGCAAGAUGGAAAAGAUACAAAUAUUCUUAAAACGCUCCCCGAACUUUGUGGGAAUAGUCCUUUGCUGGACAGAGCGCUUCUGUCGCUCUCUUCCGCUUUUCUUGCGAAACAGCACAAGGACGAUCGGUUACUUGGGUAUAGUACGAAGCUCUAUAACAAUUCGAUGGAGAUCAUGCAUGGCAAGAUCAAAUCUGGCAAAGGCCUAGGCCAAGAUGUGCUAUACACAACAGUUGUUUUUCAAUUAUAUGAAGUCACACAUGUGCAAGGCAGUAACGCAAUCAUUAAGCAGUGCAGUGUUAAUAAAAAAGGAACUAUUGCCGAGAAGUUGUUUCACCGUCAACUUAAAUUUGUCACUUUAUGUGAUGCCGUGGGGAGACGCAAGGCCGCCACCCUCUAUGAAGUUCUGACUACACAAGAACGCUUAUCGCAGGGCUCAACGGAUCUUGAGCCAAUUGAUGAACUGAUGGACCUCUUGGCCGAGUGCUCCGCUCUCAUAGAACAAGUAGACACUUUCAUCGAGCAACUGCCUGCCAGCCCUGAUGGUGAUAAGAAUCACGGCGAGAAGUUACUGGGUUCUUGCUUAUCGCUAGAAGAAAGACUACACCAGGCAUGCCUCAAGAUGCAGGAGAAACUGGGGGCGCCGUCGACUCUCACCCAUGACGUGCCCUUGCGAGAAGACUUGAGAGCACACCUUGCCACCUCUUUAUUCCCCGAUCCCUUCCAAUUCGUCUCCCUGGCCUGCGCCGAAUCGCACCUCAUUUAUUGGGCCACCUUGAUAAUACUGUACCCGCUAGUUGAUGAGCUUCUCGACGUCCUUGGCUAUCGCAGAAAUGACGUUACACCCUCGCAGUCCUGUGCCAUUCAUCCUCAGGCGAUUGAACAAAGACCCUUGGGCGUGGAUGUGGCAACAGAUUUCACAGCGCUGGCGGAGCAUUAUGCAGACGAGGUCUGCCGAUCCGUUAUGUACUGUACACAGUCUGACAUGAAUACCCUGGGCGCGCAACACCUGCUUGCUCCUUUCAGCCAAUGCGCGCAGUUCUUUCAGGUCCAUGAACUGGCGCAAAAAUACAGGUGGUGUCAGGGGGUGUUUGUGCUUCUUGACUCGCUAGGUCUGGGAAUAGCUCCGUUGCUGAAGGACAUGGUUUGGCCACAAUACCGUUCCGCUCGACUACGUAGGUCUUUGUCAUCCGUGGGAAAAGUCCCAUGA